UGGCAGCGCCUGCCCUGGGCACACAACCAGUAAGUGCAGAGGCUGGGUCUGGAAUCCAGGUGCUCUGAUGGGCUUAGGCAGAGGUGAAAAGAAACCAAAUGGAAAGGAAGUGAAUGUUUCUGGGUCAGCCUCUGAGGCUUCCCACCACCCAUGAGGCACUGCCACAGACUCUGGCAUCUGGGACCUUAGGCCCAAAGGGGGCCUUGGAAUCUCAGGGGAGGCUGAGGUGAACAGAAUAGUGAGAAAACGAAACUGCUGGCCCACUAGGCCAGAGGUCCUGGGCUGGCCACACUCACCUUUACAUAACUCUGUGUGAGAGCAACAAAUGUUACUGAGUGAGUUCCCCUCGGGGUUUGGUGUGUUCCUAUCCCUAGGGCUGCCCGAGUGGACAGCUAGGGGUGUCCAGCCCAUUGCCUGACCCUUCAUUUCAUUAGAUGUGACAGUAAGGACCCUGUGUCUUAUAGAAGGCAUGGCUGGUGUGGCCAGAGCAGAAUAAUAACCUUUGCCUACAAGCUGGAGUUAGCACUUUUCCAAACAGAUGCAAGGAACUUUCCAGAUUCCUUCUGGCUCCAAGGAAAAUAUUUUCAGAUACCUUUAAUCCUGGGACAUGUGGGGAGAGUACUGGGUAUUUGGUGCCUGGAGGCAGAAUGCCCUGAGAGAGUGGAUGGCAGAUGCUGGAAAACCAGCCUGUUCCAAGUCUAAGUGGGUUGGCCUGUGGCUAGCGGCCGGUGGGUUCUCAGAGGCUCUGCAGGACCUCACCAGCGCUUUUUGCUCUCUCUCACCCAUAGCUCUGUCGAAGAUGCACUGGACACCGGAACACGCCCAGCCCCUCAACCAGUGGCCAGAGCAGCACCUAGAUGUCUCCUCCACCACCCCGUCGCCGGCCCACAAGUUGGAGUUGCCCCCUGGGGGUCGCCAGCGCUGCCAUUAUGCUUGGGCACACGAUGACAUCUCUGCCCUCACCGCCUCCAACCUUCUCAAGCGCUAUGCAGAGAAGUACUCUGGGGUCCUGGACUCGCCCUACGAGCGCCCCACUCUGGGCGGCUAUGGCGACACCGCCUUCCUCAACGGCGCCAAGGGGGACCCCGAGCCCUGGCCAGGGCCUGAGCCGCCCUACCCCUUGGCCUCACUCCACGAGGGCCUCCCGGGAACCAAGUCCGGCAGUGGGGGCGGUUCCGGAGGCCUGGGGGGUUCCCCAGUGUUAGCCGGGAACCUGCCAGAACCCCUCUACGCCGGCAAUGCGUGCGGGGGCCCGUCGGCGGCGCCAGAGUACGCGGCGGGCUACGGAGGGGGGUACCUGGCGCCCGGCUACUGCGCGCAGACGGGAGCAGCGCUGCCCCCGCCGCCCCCGGCCGCGUUACUGCAGCCACCGCCUCCGCCGGGGUAUGGCCCCUCGGGGCCUCUGUACAACUACCCCGCGGGGGGCUAUGCCGCGCAGACCGGCUACGGUGGCCUCCCACCGCCCCCGGCCCCGCCCACGGCCCCCUACCUGACCUCGGGCCUGGCAGCGCCCACGCCCCUGCCCGCGCCGGCUCCGCCCCGACCGGCGCCCACCUCCUACAGCUUCCAGGCGGCGGCGCCGGGCGCGGAGGCCGGGGUCUCGCUGAAGCGCAAGGCCGCCGACGAAGGCGGAGAGGGCCGCUACCGCAAGUACGUCUAUGAGUCCGCCAAGGCCCCCACGGCCGACGGCGCCUCCUACCCCGCCGCGGACAACGGCGAGUGUCGGGGCAACGGGUUCCGAUCGAAGCCAACAGGAGCCGCGGAGGAGGCGUCGGGCAAGUACGGUGCCGGUGUUGCCCUCAAAGUCCUGGGCUCUCCCGUGUACGGCCCGCAGCUCGAGCCCUUUGAAAAGUUCCCGGACCGGGCCCCGGCGCCGACUCCCCGUGGGGGCUUCGUGGUGCCGUCGGGGGAGGCUCUCAAAAGCGUGGACCCGGGCGCCCUGGAGCUAGCGACCAGCAAGAUGGUGGACUGCGGGCCGCCGGUGCAGUGGGCAGAUGUGGCAGGCCAGGGCGCACUCAAGGCUGCGCUGGAAGAGGAGCUGGUGUGGCCCCUGCUGAGGCCGCCCGCCUAUCCGGGCAGCCCACGCCCGCCGCGGACCGUGCUGCUCUUCGGGCCGCGGGGCUCCGGGAAGGCGCUGCUGGGCCGCUGCCUCGCCACGCAGCUGGGCGCAACGCUGCUGCGCCUGCGCGGCUCGGCGCUGGGGGCGCCGGGCGCGGCAGAAGGCGCGCGCCUCCUCCAGGCCGCCUUCGCGGCUGCGCGCGGCCGCCCGCCCGCGGUGCUCCUCAUCAGCGAGCUGGACGCGCUGCUCCCAGCCCGGGACGAUGGCGCCGCCGCUGCUGGCGCGCUGCAGGCCCCGCUCCUGGCCUGCCUGGACGGCGGCUGCGGCGCGGGGGCUGACGGCGUACUGGUGGUGGGCACCACGUCGCGGCCGGCGGCUCUGGAUGAGGCGACCCGCAGGCGCUUCGCUCUCCGCUUCUACGUGGCGCUGCCCGACAGUCCGGCCCGCGGGCAGAUCCUGCAGCGGGCGCUGGCCCAGCAGGGCUGCGCGCUGAGCGAACGGGAGCUCUCUGCCCUGGUGCAGGGCACCCAGGGCUUCUCAGGGGGCGAACUGGGGCAGCUGUGCCAGCAGGCAGCAGCCGGGGCGGGCCUCCCGGGUCUGCAGCGUCCCCUCUCCUACAAGGACUUGGAGGCAGCAUUAGCCAAGGUGGGCCCUAGGGUCUCCCCCAAGGAGCUGGACUCGUUCGUGGAGUGGGACAAAAUGUAUGGCUCCGGACACUGAUGGCGCACUGGGGAGGGCGCGGGAGCCACCGCCCCUCCCUCCCUGUCUCCUCCGCUUGGGAAGGGUGUCAUUUAGCAAACCGUGGCUGAGAGAGUGCUGGAGUGCUGAAUGUGGGGUGGGGAGGGGUGGGGUCUGCCGGUGGAUUUUAUUUUCGUGGGAAGGAAAAUACUUCUGCUAGGCAGAUAGAUGCCAUAUGCGCCGUGUACUCAGGUUUUUCCUAUUUAUUGUGGACGGGAAGCUCCCCCUGCGGACGGGACAGAUCCAGGAUGGGCUGGCACCCGGGGCCUAAGGAACUCCUGCUCUCUCGCCACAAUCCUUUUGUCUCCUCGCUAUCUGAAUGGCUCCCGUCCCCCGCCCCCCUGCCUCUUUCUCUGCAUUUGCCUAGUUUUUUCUCACCAUUGCUUUGUCCCUGUGUACACCACCCCCAUGCUCGCCCUAUUUCUGCUUUGCUCCUCUUUCCCUCCCCCAUCUAUCUGUCAUCCUCUGUGCUUCUGUCUCCACCGGGUUCUCCCCACUUCGCUGUCUCUCUUGCUCUCUGCGCUUUAACGGCUCUCACUGCCUUCUGUCCCUCUCGCAUUCAAAGACUGCAGUGUCCCUUCACAGGAGAUCUGAAGGUCCAGGGGUGGAGGAGGAGGGGGUAGGGAGUUCCCUCCACCCCCUUAUCCCUCACUCAGCUGAAACUUUGGGUC